ACAGAACUCGACGACCUUGACCUUUCACGUUGGGCCAACUACUGUUCAAUCAUCCAGCAUUGAAUGAUUGCCACAGGAUCAACGUUCUCUACGAUAUAUGUUAAUUAAGUUGCCAAUCUUUUGGUAGCAGUGGCCUCUCCUUAAUUAAUGAUGUUUUCCAUGUUCGUUUCAUAUGCAGUAGCAGUCUUGUUGUGCUCAUCGCACUCAGUUUGCGUUCGCUAUGCUACAGAUACAAUAACAUACGACACUCCAAUUACCGACGGUGUUGAAUCAGGGACUCUUGUUUCAUCUGGAGGAAGAUUUGAACUCGGAUUCUUUAGCCCUUCACCUACAGGAACUCAAAGUGUUGGCAUAUGGUAUCACCAACUGAGUCCGAGGACAGUGGUAUGGGUUGCCAACAGAGAAUCCCCAGUUCUCAAUUCCACCAGUACUGGAAUUCUUGCACUCCAAGAUGGUAACCUCCAUGUGUUGGAUAUUACUGGAAAGAGUUACUGGUCAACGACGGCUGAAACAUCCAAGUCUUUAACGCAGACUGUGACUCUCAUGGACUCCGGGAACCUUGUUCUAAGCAGUGCCGAUGAUAAGUUGGCAGUGAAUACUCUGUGGCAGAGUUUUCAAAAUCCAACUCAUACAUUCAUUCCUGGGAUGGUAAUGAAUAAAAGCUUGGAGUUGACUUCAUGGAGAGGCGAAGGUGACCCGGCAAGCGGGAAAUUCAUCUUCAAACAAGAUCCAGUUGGAGAGAACCAGUAUGUCAUCUCAAAGUCAAAAUCAAAAUUAGAACCGAUUCUAUAUUGGAAAGGUGGAGAACGGGCAACUGAUACAUUUUACAGCUUUGAUCAAAUGCUUCCUGAGGUUACUUACUUCUUAUCAAAUUUCAGCAAGAAAUAUGCUGCUCGAAACUCUUCUUAUAAAAGCAGUGGAAUUCAUACAAGGUUGGUGAUUAAUAUUACUGGCGAGAUACAGUUUUGGACGUGGAUUGGUUCCACAAAGCAGUGGAAUUUGUAUUGGUCGGCGCCAAGAGAUAACUGCAGUGUGUUUAAUGCUUGCGGCAACUUUGGCAGCUGCAAUGAUAAUAAUAUUCCGUUUCUGUGCAAAUGUUUGCCAGGUUUCAAUCCCCAGUCUCCACAACGGUGGAAUUCUGGGGACUUUUCAGGUGGAUGCACAAGAGAGCCCGCAUUAUGUGGCGACAACAAGAAUGUAACCUUCUUGAGCUUGAAGAAGAUGAAAGUGGGAAACCCAGAUUCAGAACUCAACGUUGACAGUGAAACAGAAUGCAGGAACCGGUGCUUAAAUAGCUGCCAGUGCAAGGCUUAUUCAUAUGCUAAAUCAGAAAACUAUAGUCAACGAAUGGAUGCGCCUACUUCGUGCAGAAUAUGGGGGGGAGAUCUAAAUAAUCUUGAGGAAGAGUAUACUGAUGCGGGCCAGGACCUCUCUGUUCGUGUUGCGUUGUCUGAUUUAGAAUCAACUGUAAGAGACUGUAAGCCUUGCGGCACAACCAUCAUCCCUUAUCCCCUGAGCACAAGACUGGAUUGCGGUGACCCCAUGUACUCCCGUUUCAAGUGCAACGUCACUGAUCAGGUUAACUUUGUGGGACUGAGUAAGACCUUUCGAGUUGUUAGCAUAAACCCAAGUACACAGAGAUUUUUCAUCCAAGGCUUCCAACCCAAAAAUGUAGAAGAAUGUGAUCGUAAAAACAGAGAGGCUAAUCGGCAGAUCAAUCCAUCAUUUCCAUUUAAAGUAAUCAGUUUGUGUAAUGCUUACCUGGGUAUGUUUAGUUCUGUACUGUCAUCCGGAGGUCCUAAUGUAGUGGAGAUGGGUUGGGAGCUACCAAUGGAACCAACCUGCACAACAUCUGCAGACUGCAGGGAUUGGGCACAUUCAAUUUGCAAUCCUGCACGAGAUGGAAAGAAAAGAUGCCUGUGCAAAACCAAUUUUCGAUGGAAUGACUUGGAAUUAAGAUGUACUCAAGACCAUACGAGAAGAAAAUUGCCAUUGUCUCUGAUGAUUGUAGCGGUGCUUUUAAGUGUGAUUUUUCUGGCGUGCAUCGUCAUUUCCAUUUAUACAUGGAGAAGAAAUAUGACCAACAAACAAGAUCAAAUAAGACGAGGACAAUUUGAUAGUGAAAGACGAGUCAAGGAGUUGAUAGACACAAGCGAGUUCAAGGAAGAGGAAGGUAUAGAUGUACCUUUUUUUGAUAUGCAAACUAUACUAGACGCUACAGACAAUUUCUCAAAUGAAAACAAGCUUGGACAAGGGGGAUACGGGCCUGUUUACAAGGGAAUGUUUCUUGGAGGCCAAGAAAUCGCAGUGAAAAGGCUAUCAAGGGUUUCAGGACAAGGCUUACAAGAAUUUAGAAAUGAGGUGGUGCUGAUUGCCAAACUUCAACACCGAAACCUUGUUAGACUUAAGGGAUAUUGCAUGAAAGGAGAAGAAAAGAUCUUACUCUAUGAGUACAUGCCUAACAAAAGUUUAGACUCCUUUAUAUUCGAUCAUGCAAAAAGCAUGGUUCUCAACUGGGAGAUGCGUUUUAGCAUCAUUUUGGGAAUCGCUCGAGGGCUUCUUUAUCUUCAUCAAGAUUCUAGAUUGAGGAUCAUUCAUAGAGAUUUGAAAACGAGCAACAUUCUCCUAGAUGAGGAGAUGAACCCCAAAAUAUCUGACUUCGGUUUAGCGAGGAUUGUUGGAGGCAAGGAAACUCAGGCAAACACAAACACUGUAGUUGGAACUUAUGGUUACAUGGCUCCGGAGUAUGCAUUGGACGGAACUUUCUCAGUGAAAUCAGAUGUCUUUAGCUUUGGCGUGGUUCUUCUUGAGAUAAUCAGCGGAAAAAAGAACACAGGCUUUUACCAAUCCGAACAAACUUUCAGCCUCAUAAAUUAUGCAUGGAGACUCUGGACAGAAAACAAGGUGCUGGAUUUAAUGGACAAGACUUUGGACGAAGGUUGCAACAAAAACCAGUUUAUCCAGUGUGUCAAUGUCGGCCUCUUAUGCGUACAAGAAGAUGCAAACGAUCGGCCUGCCAUGUCAAACGUUAUCACCCUGCUUGACAAUGAAACUGCAACCUCUCCAUCUCCUAAACAACCAGGGUUUCUCACAAGGAGAGGCAAAUCCAGCACAGCUUCUUCUUCUAGUAAGCUAGAAGCUAUAUCUGAAAUAACCACCAGUAUAGUAGAAGGUAGAUAAUUAAAGGACGGUUGGUACUCUAGUUUUUUACUCUUUUUUCACGUCUCAGUUUUUUCCUUUUUUAUAUUUAACACUUAUCGCUGUAAUUAUAAAAGCAUGUAUCUAAUGUUUCUGGUCAGAAAAGUUUGAGUGUGACCUCUUGGCAGUG